UAUAGCUUUUUCACUCAGCCUACUGACUGGGUUCACUUUGUGCAAGUGCUUUGGUCCUUCCGGCUUUGUUAUUGUUUUGUAGUGAUCGUUUGUGAGGAUUGACAAUUGUUACUCCUUCAAGAUUUAUAAAUUAAAUUUGCAACUAUGAGAAAGGCUGAUGAGCACACAAGUGAUGCUGAAUUUUGAGCAACAGACAGAUUCAUCAUCAGAUAACAUACCAUGCAAUUGCAACUACACUGAACAAAGUACUACAGGAGCUCAGCACUACUAACUGGAACUUGAAAAAGAGGAUUAAGAGGACUGAGCUCUGUUACAACCAUGGCUCAGACUAAUAAGGUGUCGGUAGCAGUCCCUCCAGACGGAGGCUGGGGAUGGAUGAUCGUUGCUGGCUGCUUUAUUGUCACCAUUUGCACCCGGGCUGUCACCAGAUGUAUCUCCAUUUUUUUUGUGGAGUUCCAAAUGCACUUUGCUCAGGAUUACUCAAAGACAGCAUGGAUUCAUUCUUUGGUGGACUGCACUACAAUGCUCUGUGCCCCACUUGGCAGCUUCAUUGGGAACCGCCUGUCUUGCCGAUUUGCAGUAAUCUUAGGAGGAUUCAUGGCUUCGACGGGUCUUAUUCUGAGCUCCUUUGCCACCAGCCUGGAGAACCUCUAUCUGUCACUGGGAGUCCUUACAGGCAUUGGAUUUGCACUUUGUUACACCCCAGCCAUCGCCAUGGUAGGAAAAUAUUUCUGCAAAAGGAAGUCACUGGCUUACGGGGUCGCUAUGUCAGGGAGCGGUAUCGGGACCUUCAUUCUGGCUCCAGUGGUUCAACACCUGAUUGAACUUUACUCCUGGCGCGGGGCACUCCUGCUGCUCGGGGGGUUUGUCGCCAACCUGUGUGUGUGCGGCGCUUUAAUGAGACCCAUCGCCCUUAAGGAAGAGCAGCUGAGCGGCUUGUUGUCUGCCGAUGAAGAGAACACUUACAACAAACAGCAAAACGACUUGAACUCCAAGUCUGCCUGCAAACCAGGGCAGCCUAUUAGGACAGACUGCCUGAACAGCUGUGUCUUUUUCCAGUCACUGCAGGAGUAUAGCUUCUUCCUGAUGCCUGAUUUCAUGGUGCUAGCAGUGUCCAUCCUCUUCCUGGCCUACGGCUGCAGUGUGCCAUUUGUUUACUUAGUGCCUUACGCCCUGAACGUUGGGGUUAGCCACCAGAACUCUGCCUUCUUGAUGUCCAUAUUGGGGGUGAUUGGUAUCGUUGGGAACAUCACCUUUGGAUGGCUGACAGAUCGAAGGUGUUUGAAGAAGUACCGCUAUUUUUGCUUCUUGACUGCUAUUGGCAUGGAUGGCCUCUGUUGCCUCUUGAUUCCCACACUGCAGAGUUUCCCUCUGUUAGUGCCAUUCUCAGUGCUUUACGGGUACUUUGAUGGGGCGUAUGUGGCCCUCUUGCCUGUAGUAACAUCAGACAUCGUUGGAAGUCAGUACCUCUCUUCUGCCCUCGGAGUGGUCUUUUUUCUUCAUGCAAUUCCCUAUCUCAUCAGUCCACCGAUCGCAGGCUGGCUAGUGGACAGAACAGGCACCUACACCGCUGCCUUCAUGCUCAGUGGAUUCUCCAUGAUUUUCAGCUCAGUUUUGCUGAUGUGUGCUGCUUUGAUUAAGAAGUGCUUUAGAACUCGGUCUGGGUCUUACUCCACCAACUCGGACCCCAAACUCCAAAUCUGGACAAACACUGGCGAGACAGAGUACUCUGUAGCAGCAGAUCAAGAACCAAAGCCUGUAUGAAAAAGACUCCAAAGUAUACUUUAUAGGACUGCACGAGUAGUUAGAAUAUUCAAAUGUAGUUUUUUAAAAACCAAAAAUAGCUUUUUUCAUUUGUACUGUCUGUUUUUAUUAUACCAAAGUAUUGUGGAUGUAUGUAUGAUAUACAGUGCUCACCCUUUAUAACGCUAUAGUGGGGAGCCAUAGUUAUAAGACCGUGCUAUUUGUGUUGUGCCUUAUAACGAGUAUAAAAGGGCUGCUGUAAUGGAGCAAAUAGGAGCUACGACCCUACCGUGUUAUAACCGAUUCUGCACUAUAACAGGGCGUAUUAUAACGGGUGAGCACUGUGUGUGUGUGUGUGUGUGUGUGUGUGUGUGUGUGUGUGUGUGUGUGUGUGUAUAUUCCAUUUAUUUACUCCCACAAUCAGAAUGUGUAUCCUUUCCUCGUACAUUUGAAAUUAUUUCAGGCAAGUUGUAAAUACUGUUACCAGUGUCCUUUCUUAAUUAUGGGAGUUUGCUCGCCAUUAAAUACAGUAGGCAGCUACAAGAGGCUUACAUUCAAAACUGGGGAACAACCUGUAAUGGUUAUUUGUUUUUGGCUGAACUCCCACACCACCACAUGUUUCAUUUAUUUGAACUACAACAGCCAUAUUCCUUGAGUCAGAAAACUUGUCACAUUGGUCAAGGCUCAUAUUGCAUUUGCAUAAUGAAUAGCAGCUUUUUUUAAGGUGUCACAUGGGCAGGGCAGGGCCAGAUUAACUCAUAGGCAAACAAGGGCCCAAAGUCAUGGGGGGGGGGGGGGGGGGCAAAACGAAAAUUUAUUUAUUUGUUUAUUUAUUUAUUUAAACCGAUACUGAAUUGCACGCAAACUGGAAGAACUUCAUUCACUGACAUUUUAAUCGAGGCAGUGUACCUCACUUGUGUUCACACAAAAUCAAGCUGGCUGAGCUGGAACUUACUCUCACUCACUUUCCCGCGGCGACACAAGUAAAUUCCAGGUCAGUCAGUUUGAUUUUGCUUGAAUACAGCAAACUAUGUCUGUUUUGGGGGCAGCAAAGCAUAAACACAGGAAACGGAAAGAAGGAGAAUGCAAGCGGCAAAGGGGGGCAUUAGAAAGAUUUUUGCAAAUUGAACUGCCGAAAACCUUAUCCCCGACCCUGGAGAAAGAGCUGUUUCUAUAACGAAGCGUGUCAAAAAACCAAGUAAGCCAUGUUAAACUGCAUUUGACUUAAGGUUGCCAACUCGUAUAUGCAUUCUUCAACCAAGCAGCCACAGUGAGCUCGGGAGACAUCGUCCAGCUUGCAAGCUUUUUUAUUAUUGGAAAUAUGCUGGAUAGCUAGAUGAAAUUUAUGCAGUAACAAGAGACUGACGGAUCUUAGACGGGAUCUGGCAGCUGAAAACUGGCACAAAAUUGCGCUCCUGUCUACACCUAGCGAAGAGCCAUGUUUUCCUACACUUGCCAAGGUUGCCAUUAAUAAGUUGGCUUUGCCACACAGCACUGCAGAAUUGGAACAAGUUUUUUUCUUAGAUGAACCUUGUAAAAACAGACGUAAGAAAUAAAUUGUCUACAGAUAUUUUGUUUGGAAUUCUGACCAUGCUGUUAAAAACAACACUAGCUUCAGACCACCAAAGCAAAUGAUCCAGUCUGCAGAUGUGUCCAUGUAUGACCAUAAGAAGUAAAUAAGACCUAAAUAAAUGUUAAGUACACAAAACUAACCGAUUUUAUAAAGUGUUUUAUUGUUUAAUUUUUUUGAAUGAUGUCAGUAAAAAAAGUGUCAGUAGGCCACUGUAAAUCUAGCUUGUCAACCCUGAUUUGACUACACGACAAUGUUAGAGGUAUGUUUUUUUUUGUUUGUUUUUGGUUUUUUUUAAUAUAGAUUUGUGUGAACUAUAGGGGACCUACAGUUAGUAGACAAAAGUCUGAGUACCCGCCUAUACAGAAUUAUCACGUUUUUUUAAAUUUUUUUUAAUUGGAUAACAAUCCACAUAUGGUGUUCUUGUCCAUAUUCGAACUGUUGUAUUUAUAUUCAGUAAAUCGGGAAAGGUCAUUAUCAGGCUUCGCUCUGGGAUUUGACGUAGGCUUCAGGUUUUUCCAAAUGUAUUUUGAAAUGUGUUUAGCACACCGCCUUCAAUUAAACUGUUUCUUUCAGAUUCGGUCAGUCGUUCAGUUCAGAGCAGUACAUGAAACUUUCAUCAUAAUUAAUAACUAGAAUUAGGCAUAAUUGACCGUUUCUGAUCAAAACCAUGUAUAAUAACUUAAACUUAAAUGAUACCUUUUGCAAAUUGGUGGAGCGUGGG